AUGGAAAUAGAUAAAAUCGCCCAGUUUUUUGAGGGGAAAACCAUUUUCAUCACUGGUGCCACUGGCUUUCUUGCUAAGAUUUUCGUGGAGAAGAUACUAGGAAUCCAACCAAGUGUCAAAAAGCUGUUUUUGCUAAUGCGACCUAGCAAUUCCAAAUCCUGUUCACAAAGGUUAUACCAAGAGAUUAUAGACACCGAGCUGUUCAAAGUGCUAAGAGAGAAUAGGGGCGCAAGCUUGAGUUUCCUAAUAUCUGAGAAAGUGGUAGCCGUCCCUGGUGAUAUUUCUUGCGAGAAUUUGGGGAUUCAAAACAGCCCAUUAAGGGAACAAAUGUGGAGAGAAAUUGACGUAGUCAUUAACUCGGCUGUGACAACAAGAUUUGAUGAAAGGUAUGAUGUUGCCGUGGACAUUAACGUUUUUGGCGCUCUGCAUAUACUGAAUUUCGCCAAGAAUUGUGUGAACAUCAAAGUACUUCUUCACAUAUCCACAGCUUUUGUAUGCAGUGAGGAGGAGGGACUCGCAUCAGAAAAGCCAUUUGACAUGCGUGAGACACUUGGUGGAGUCUCCUCUUAUUUAGAUAUCAAUAUACAGAAGAAAUUUGUGGAUGAAAGACUAAGGGAACUUCAGAAUGAGAAUGCAAGAACAGAAGCAAUAAGAUCUGCCAUGAAGGAUUUGGGCAUUCAAAGGUUAGAUAUGGCAAGGUUGCAUGGGUGGCCAAACACCUACGUUUUCACAAAGGCUAUGGGAGAAAUGGUUUUGGAGCAAUUCAAAGAACUCAAAGUGGUCAUCGUACGACCAACAAUUGUUACUAGUACUUUCAAGGAUCCCUUUCCUGGUUGGAUUCAAGGGGUUAGAACUGUCGAUAGCUUUCUUGUUGCUUAUGGUAAAGGAAAACUGAAAUUUGUUCUCGGGGAUCCAAAGUCGAUACUGGAUUUGAUACCAGGCGAUAUGGUGGUCAAUUGUAUCCUUGUUGCCAUUGUAGCCCAUGCAGAUCAAUCGUAUGAUCACCAUAUCUAUCAUGUCGGUUCUUCCCGAAGAAACCCUCUCAAAUUUUCUGAUGUUCACGAGAUGUUUUACUCUUAUUUCAUCAAGAAUCCUGGGAUAAAUGAUCGUGGAAAGGCUGUAAGAGUGAAUAAGGGUAAAGUAUUGAGCAGCAUGGACAGCUUCAACAAAUACAUUGCUAUUCGCCACCUACCAUUCUUGAAGAUAUUGAAGCUGGCAAACACCUUGUCUUGCCACCAUUUUGAAGCCACAUAUAUCGGAGCCAAGCGAAAGGUAAACUUAGUUACCCGUCUGGCAGAAAUCUACGGCCGAUAUGUGGUCUCAAAAGUAAUAUUUGAUGACACCAAUACUCAGAAGUUGCAAGUGAUGGCAGAAGAAGUUGACGCUGAAAUGUUUAACUUCGACCCAAGAAGCAUCCAAUGGAAGGAUUAUCUGAUGAAUAUUCAUAUUCCUGGGGCUAUCAAGCAUCUGUUUUAA